CAUAUUGAACCCCAUUUCGAAGCAGGGACUGGGGAGGGCUGCAGCACUCCUUGAGGACUAGUAGAUGACCUGCAGCUUUCGGAGGUCAAGAACGAAUCGGGUUCUUUUUAAAUCAGGGGACAGACUUCUUAUCGUCAAGCGGCUCCAGUGAAACUUCUGCCAUCCAGCCGUGAUCAUUUCAGCUGCAGGAGAGCAGCAGAUGGCCACAGCACAUGCAUCUCAGGAGCCCGUGAGCUUUGCGGAGGUGGCCGUGUCUUUCAGCAGGGAGGAGUGGGCGCUGCUGGACCCUGCGCAGCGAGCGCUGUACCGGGACGUGAUGCUGGAGACGUACCAGUGCGUGGCCUCGCUGGCUCCACUUCCAGCCCCCAAACCCAUGGUGAUCUCCCUGCUUGAAAGAGGGGAAGAGCCCUGGAUCCCAGAUGUGCGAAUCUUUGAAAAAGAUUCCAUCGUUGUUAACCACCAGUGCAUGCGCUCAGCAAUGAGUCCAUACAAGUGCUCUGAUUGUGGGAAGAGCUUCAAAUGGAGAUCCCUCCUCAUUGUCCACCAGCGGGAGAGACCCUAUAAAUGUCCUGAGUGUGAGAAGAGCUUCACAAGAAGGUCUAAUCUCAACACCCACAAGCACGUCCACAGUGCAUUCAGGCUGUAG